AUGGCUCGUAGAGGGAUCCACCUGGUGACCGGACUUGGCCGGCGGAUGCCGCUGAUCUGGGCUCCUCUCCCCUGCGGCGGCCGGGGGCUGCCGGCGGGAGCCGAGGGCUGGCUGCCACAUCUGGGGGAGCCGCUGCCGCGCCGGGAGCCGGCCAGCCGGGAAGCGAUGCUGCGGGUGCUGGACGCCGGGCUGGAGCGAUGCCUGGCGCUGCAUUCGGCGUACAUCCCCGUACCCCGGCACAGGAAGCUCUCGGGCAAGGCGGGCAUCGACGAGGUGAUGGCGGCCACGGUGCUCACCAGCCUCUCCACCAGCCCACUGGUGCUCGGUCACCCGCCUGCCACCCCCGCCCCAGAGCCCGGCGGUGAGGUCUGGAAGGAGGCACCCGCCAUGUCCUCCAGCUGCAGCAGCAGCAGCAACACCAGCGGGGACUGGAGCUGGGACCCCCCCAGCGACCGCUCCACCCCCUCCACCCCAUCGCCCCCGCUCUCCAGCCACGUCCCCAGCACUUUCCUGCCCGCCCCGCUGCCGGACGAGGGCCCCGACGAGCCCGACGGCACCCACUUCGUCUUCGGAGAGCCCAUGCCGCGGAAGAGGAAGAACUCCACCAAGGUGAUGUUCAAGUGCUUGUGGAAGAGCUGCGGCAAAGUCCUCAGCAGCUCCUCAGGGAUGCAGAAGCACAUCCGAACUGUGCACCUUGGCCGGAAAGCCGACCUCGAGCAGAGCGACGGCGAGGAGGACUUCUACUACACGGAGCUGGACGUGGACGUGGACUCGCUGACGGACGGGCUCUCCAGCCUGACGCCCGUCUCCCCCACCUCCUCGGUGCCGCCCGCCUUCCCCGGCCCCGAGGCGCAGGGUCCAGUGCCGCCGGCGUUGCCGAGUCCCGACCUGGCGUUGGCCUCCCCCCGCAGCCCCCCGGCCCCCCCAGGUCUCUGCCACGUCCACACCGACCACGCGUACCAGCCGCUCGGCGCCGGCGUUGCAGCCGAGCUCUGA